UUUAAAAUUUUGACUUUAUAUAACUUGUAAUUUGUGGUGAUUUGAAAUUGAUAGAUUUUUGCCUUAUAUUUGAUUUUGAUCAGAAUUUUGACAAAAAUGUCCUACAUGGUGGCCCAUAAUAUUGAACCUUACCGCAAGGGCCAAUCUUUUGCUACGUGGAUUAAGCGUUUAGCGGUUCAUUUUCGUGUCAACAAAGUUAAAGAUAAUGAAAAAAAGGAUCAGAUGUUCAUCUUGGGAGGAGAUUUUUUGUUCAGUAUGGCAGAAAAACUCUACCCCACAGAAGCAAUGAUGGAUGAAGUGUCGUAUGAUGUAUUAGUGCAAAAACUUAAGGAGAGACUUGAUAAAACUGAUUCAGUCUUGCUCCGAAGAUAUAAUUUCGGCACAAAGGUGCAACAACCGGGAGAAUCGGCAAGCGAUUUUAUAUUUUCGUUAAAACUCCAAGCGGAACAUUGCGAAUUUGGGGAGCAAAAGAAUCGUCUUAUUCUUGAUCGUAUUUUGGUUGGGUUGUCUGAUGGCUCGCUUAAGCAUCGUCUUUUUACGGAGGAUAGCUCCAAGUUGACGCUUGAACAGGCGGAGAAUAUUAUCGCUACGUGGGAAAUGGCGGCUACUCAUUCAAAAGCUUUAACGAACAGCGAUGUCGAUUUGGUAGCUUCACUGGGCACUAGGUACCCUUUGACUCAAGGUAGAGGUGCAGUUAUUCAACGGAUGAGGGAAGCUCAGCAAAAUUUUCACGGUUUGGUAAAAAGUCGGCUUGGUGUUCGACCUGAAAUACGACCGGCGGAAGAUAGUCAGAGAGUACAGUUUCACUCACAGCGUUUUGAACAUCGUGAUUCGUCGGCUAGUUCAGCUCGUGGUCAAUACAAAAUGGACGACCAACAAUGGCCGAUUGAUCAGCGUAUCUGCUAUCAUUGCGGACGUAGAGGACAUGUGCGAAGGAAAUGCUACAAGUGGAAGAACGAGAGCGGCAAGACGGUUAAUCGUGUUGACGCACAGGAAUGUAUUACCAGUGCAAACCAUUCAGCAGAACCAUUAGAUAGCUUGAGGAUCCAAGAUUCGGACUCAGAUGGUAAUAUCUCAGAUCAUGGUUGGAAACGAGGCGACUACUACGGUUCAUCGAAGCCAAAUAAGAAUCGUUACGAAUAAACAAGGUUCACCAUAUCAGCCAAGACCAUCGAUGCGAGUGGUCAAGACUGGUCGGCCAAUCCUGACUGUCGAGGAACCUGUAGUGGCAACACAAGAUGGAAGCGAUGUCCGGCAAAUACCAGAUCGAAAUGCUAUCCAACCGUCGAAUGAUCCUGAUACACAAAUUUUUAGAUUAAGUAGGAAACGAAAAUUCCCACCAGAUCCGGUAGCGCUAACUGGCCUACCUAGGCGUUCGAAGAGAGCAAGAAAACCUAGAAUCGAAAAUGAAUUCGAAUAUUUUUGAGUUUUGUUGUUACUUGAAUUAUUGUUCAUUCUUUUUAAAGGAGGAAGAGCUAUUGUAUAUUGAAUUCUUAUUACUUACACUUUAGAGUGUAUUCAGCAACACUUCGGCGCAGCGCGCAACACUGCUGUCAUUAUGAGCAAACUUAAUAAAUGAGCUAGAGGCGGACUUCUGUUA